CUUAAAGCCACUUAUUGUGAGCGUCUCUUUAUACCAUUAUUUAUUUGGUGUACGUGACUGCUGUUUAUGAUAUCUGCAGAUUAACACAACUAAAGGCUUCAAAUCACCUUUUUGAUUUUCAGAAACAUAACUUCCACGUUCACUAUCUUAUAAACAUUCGAACAUAAAAUGGAAAGUAGAAGGUUUGAGCGCCGAGCAACGGAAUGGACACCUGGUAUGGAAGGUAAAUAUGUUGCCCGAGGACAAUUUACGGGUGAAUGUAUCGCUGUUCUCACAAGCGGUGGAGAUGCCCAAGGAAUGAAUGCAGCUGUGCGAGCUGUAGUCCGUAUGGGAAUAUACUGCGGAUGCCGAGUAUUUUUCAUCAGAGAAGGAUAUCAAGGUCUUGUAGAUGGUGGUAACAACAUUCAGGAAGCAUCGUGGGCAGAUGUUUCUGGUAUUCUCCAAUUAGGAGGUACCAAGAUUGGAUCAGCUCGAUGUAUGGAUUUUCGUGAACGUUGUGGACGUUUAAAAGCUGCUGAAAAUCUGGUCAAAAAUCAAAUCACCAAUUUAGUGGUUAUUGGUGGUGAUGGUUCUUUAACUGGUGCUAAUCUAUUUAGAGCUGAAUGGUCAAAUCUAUUGGAAGAACUUGUCACAUUAGUUAAGUUUUAUUACUAUAUGUAUAUAUGUGAAAUUCGCUCAUGUUAAAAUGAAGUUUACCUUCCUAGUAAUAAUUUUUAAUCUGAUUGAUGAAGUAAUCUUUUUGAUUAAGAAUAAAGGAUGGACAGUUUUGAAUAUGGAACACAUCCCUAAAGUAGUUGACGUUUUUCGACUGGCUCUGCACUUUCAGUUUGUGGUUUUACAUCGCUAACUGAUCACAGCUAGCAAACCACUAAAUGGAGGAUUUGUCGUAGUAUGAGACUCCACAGCAUCACAUACCCAAGACCUCUUCAUAAGUCGAAACCAGUACCUACAGAAUUAUCAGUAUGUUACUAUUUAUAGUAAUGAGCCAGGACGCAACAAUUCACAUUCUCCAACUUCGAUUGAUUCGUGAUUUUUCUUGACUCUUAUUCACUGAUGCCUGUCUCUAAGUCCACAUGACUGAACUUCAUCGACUUCAUGUGUAAGCAGAUACUUGGUAAAUACUUAAACACUUACAAAUAGGCCACAUAAAUAUAUAACAUGAUCAACACUAUUAAAUAUGCCUGUGCUAAUAUUUCCUGUAAUUUAUUUAUCACGUACUGAUUUGUGCCUCUUUGUUUAUGUGAGAGCUGGUAGUACUAUACGAUUCCUCAAGCCAAAGUAAGUGGUAUGGUGGAGAAGAUUUGUAGCUCAGGUGGAUGAUUUUGGUGGAG